AUGUAAACAGAAUAGCCAUAAAAAUAAGUUUUCUAAUUAUCUGAAUUUGGUUAUCAAAUAAUAGAAACUUAUAAAAUUAGAGCUAAGAAAUAUGCAUUAUAAGAUUAAAAGUUGAACUAGAUGGCAUAAAAAUUAUUUCUAUAAGAGUUUUGUACUUAAGCAUAUGAAGCAUAUUUUCAAUCAAAAUGAGCAUUAAAAAAAAGUGGAUUAUUGUCUAGCAAUUAGGAAGUAAGGGCUUAGGAAGAAUGAGAUAAGAUGAGACAAAUUAAGUAAAAAUGUAUUGAUAGAGUAAAGGCAGAAAAAUAAUUUAGACAAAAGUUAGUAAAAUAAUAGAAAUUUAUACCUAAUACUCAUUAUUCUUGA